GUUCUAAGGGACGCCACAUAAGAUUUCUGCUGAAUCUGGGGGCAUUUCCACGGCUUCUCCCUCAGUUGAAAGUUUUCCUCCGGCCCAGAUGCUCUUCAAUUCGGUACUCCGCCAGCCCCAGUUUGGCGUCCCGAGAAAUGGACCCCUUAGGAAAAUACCUGAAACUGUGUUCUAGAGGGCCAUGGAUAAUGAGUGGAUCUAUACUUAAGAUGGUCUUCACAAUACCCUCUACAGUCCCUUCUUACUGGUUAUCAGUGCAACUAUAAUGAUGAGCACACUUCUUAUGGAGAAACAGGAGCCCCAGUUCCUCCUUUUGGAUGCACCUUCUCUUCCGCUCCCAAUAUGGAGCAUAUACUAGCAGUUGCCAAUGAAGAAGGCUUCGUUAGGUUAUAUAACACAGAAUCACAAACCAGUAGAAAGAAGUGCGUCAAAGAAUGGAUGGCUCACUGGAAUGCUGUCUUUGACCUGGCCUGGGUCCCUGGUGAACUUAAGCUUGUUACAGCAGCAGGUGAUCAAACAGCCAAAUUUUGGGAUGUAAAAGCUGGUGAGCUGAUUGGAACAUGCAAAGGUCAUCAGUGCAGCCUCAAGUCAGUUGCCUUUUCUAAGUUUGAGAAAGCUGUCUUCUGUACAGGUGGAAGAGAUGGCAACAUUAUGGUCUGGGACACCAGGUGCAACAAAAAAGAUGGAUUUUAUAGGCAAGUGAAUCAAAUCAGUGGAGCUCACAAUACCUUAGACAAGCAAACCCCUUCAAAACCUAAGAAGAAACAGAAUUCAAAAGGACUUGCUCCUUCUGUGGAUUUCCAGCAGAGUGUUACUGUGGUCCUCUUUCAAGAUGAGAAUACAUUAGUCUCAGCAGGAGCCGUGGAUGGGGUAAUCAAAAUAUGGGAUUUACGUAAGAAUUAUACUGCUUAUCGGCAAGAACCCAUAGCAUCCAAGUCUUUCCUGUACCCAGGUAGCAGCACUCGAAAACUAGGAUACUCAAGUCUGAUUUUGGAUUCUACUGGCUCUACUUUAUUUGCUAACUGCACAGAUGACAACAUCUACAUGUUCAAUAUGACUGGAUUAAAGACUUCUCCAGUGGCUAUCUUCAAUGGACAUCAGAACUCUACCUUUUAUGUUAAGUCCAGUAUUAGUCCAGAUGACCAGUUUUUAGUCAGUGGCUCAAGUGAUGAAGCGGCCUACAUCUGGAAGGUCUCCAUACCCUGGCAUCCUCCUACUGUGCUCCUGGGUCAUUCUCAAGAGGUCACAUCUGUGUGCUGGUGUCCAUCAGACUUCACAAAGAUUGCUACCUGCUCUGAUGACAAUACACUGAAAGUCUGGCGCUUGAAUAGAGACUUAGAAGAGAAAUCAGGAGGAGAUAAACUCUCCAUAGUGGGCUGGGCCUCUCAGAAGAAGAGAGAGGCGAGAGCUGACCUAGUAACAGUGACAAGUAGCCAGAGUACUCCUGCCAAAGCCCCCAGAGUAAAGAGCAGUCCAUCCAUUUCCUCCCCAUCAUCAGCAGCUUGUGCUCCAAGCUGUGCUGGAGACCUCCCUCUUCCUUCAAAUACUGCCACAUUCUCUCUUAAAACCCCUCCUGCCAAGACCCGAUCUCCCAUCAGCAGAAGAGGCUCUGUGUCUUCUGUCUCUCCCAAGCCACCCUCAUCUUUCAAGAUGUCCAUUAGAAACUGGAUGACCCGAACACCUUCCUUAUCACCACCCAUGACUCCACCUGCUUCUGAGACCAAGAUCAUGUCUCCAAGAAAAGCCCUUAUACCUGUGAGCCUGAAAUCAUCCCAAGCAGUGGCUUGCUCUGAGUCUAGAAAUAGAGUAAAGAGGAGGCUAGACUCAAGUUGUCUGGAGAACGUGAAACAAAAGUGUGUAAAGAGUUGCAACUGUGUGACUGAGCUUGAUGACCCAGUUGAAAAGCUUCAUUUGGAUCUGUGCUGCCUUGCUGGUAACCAGGAAGACCUUGGUAAGGACUCUCUAGGUCCUACCAAACCAAGCAAGAUUGAAGGGACUAGUAUGAGUGUCACAGAGCCUCCUUCUCCUGCCAGUCCUUAUGCUUCAGAAGGCUGUGGAACGCUACCUCUUCCUUUGGGAUCUUGUGGAGAAGGCUCUGAAGUGGUAGGCAAAGAGAAUAGCUCCCCAGAGAAUAAAAACUGGUUAUUGGCCAUGGCAGCCAAACGGAAGGCUGAGAAUUCGUCUCCACGAAGUCCAUCGUCCCAGACCCCCAACCCUAGGAGACAGAGUGGAAAGACUUCUCCAGGCCCGGUUACCAUUACUCCCAGCUCCAUGCGGAAAAUCUGUACAUAUUUCCAUAGAAAGUCCCAAGAUGGCUACUGUAGUCCAGAACAGUCAACAGAAUUAUAGAUUCUCAUCUGA